AAAAUGCAACAAAAGACAAGGGCCUUGCUUUGUCAAUCAAUGAUGCCAAUUUGUCCGGUACUCCUUGUCUUUUCUGCAUGUGAGGCAAGGAUGGGGGUUGCAGUAAUCAGCGGUGCAAAGGCGCGGGAUUGGGGUGAGGCGCGGUGUGCAGGGAGGCAGGGGCGUGGAGUGCUGAUGAUGGCUCGGGCGUGCAGGGGCAUCAUUGCCGGCAGUGGGGCGCAGCAGGGCAAGCAGAGUGCAGGCGAUCUGGUGCAGAGCGCAGGAGCUGGUGCAGAGCAAAGCUGGUGCAGGAAGCAAGGCCGGGUGCAGCAGAGUGCAGACGAUCUGGGCGCAGAGCAGGGAGCAGGGGCGCAGGUGCAAGGCUUGGGCGUAGGUGCAGGGCGUGCGAGGGUGUGAUGAUGGCUAGUCCGGUGAUAGGGGGGUAGGGCGCGGUGCAGAGGAUCUGGGCUGCGCAGGGGGUAGAGGAAGCUGGAGAUUGAUGCAGAGGAGGGUGAAGGCUGAUUCGGGAGAGAGAAAAGUAAAAGAAAAAUGGAAGAAGGAGGUUCUGGAGAAAAAAGAAAGAUUUAAUCUUUUU